CGGAAGUGGUCGUGGCCGCGCUGCUUCCGGCGGGCGGGGUGCUCAGCCCGGGUCUCCCGGAGCGCUGACGGGCCGCCGGCUUCGGGGCCAAGGCGCGGCCAGAGCACCCAUGGCGGAGGGUGGCGGCCCCGACGGGCGGGCAGGGCCGGGGCCCGCAGGUCCUGAUCUGAAGGCGUGGCUGAGGGAGCAGUUCUGUGACCACCCACUGGAGCACUGUGAGGACACCAGGCUCCACGAUGCGGCCUACGUGGGAGACCUUCAGACCCUCAGGGACCUCUUGCAGGAGGAGAACUACCGCAGCCGCAUCAACGAGAAGUCUGUCUGGUGCUGUGGCUGGCUCCCCUGUACGCCAUUGCGAAUUGCUGCCACUGCAGGCCACGGGAACUGUGUGGACUUCCUUAUCCGGAAGGGGGCCGAGGUGGACCUGGUGGACGUAAAGGGGCAGACGGCCUUGUAUGUGGCUGUGGUGAAUGGGCACCUGGAGAGUGCCCAGAUCCUUCUGGAAGCUGGUGCCGAUCCCAACGGAAGCCGGCACCACCGCAGCACCCCUGUCUACCACGCCUCUCGAGUGGGCAGGGCUGACAUACUGAAGGCUCUUAUCAGGUAUGGGGCUGACGUCGAUGUCAACCACCACCUGACUCCUGACACCCAGCCCCCUUUCUCCAGGCGGCUCACCUCCCUGGUAGUCUGCCCCCUGUACAUCAGUGCAGCCUACCACAACCUGCAGUGCUUCAGGCUGCUCCUGCAGGCUGGGGCAAACCCUGACUUCAACUGCAAUGGUCCUGUCAACACACAGGAGUUCUACAGGGGCUCCCCUGGGUGUGUCAUGGAUGCUGUCCUGCGUCAUGGCUGUGAGGCAGCCUUCGUGAGUCUGCUGGUGGAAUUUGGAGCUGACCUGAACCUGGUGAAGUGGGACUCAUUAGGCCCAGAGUCAAGGGGCAGAAGGAAAGUGGACCCUGAGGCCUUGCAGAUCUUUAAAGAGGCCAGAAGUGUUCCCAGGACCUUGCUGAGUUUGUGCCGGGUGGCCGUGAGAAGAGCUCUUGGCAAACACCGGCUUCAUCUAAUUCCCUCGCUGCCUCUGCCGGACCCCAUUAAAAAGUUCCUGCUUUAUGAGUAGAAGAUGCAGGUGAUCUGAGUGAAAGCCGCCAUCGGUUCUUGCAUCUUGUGCACCCUCCUGUGCUGCCGACGUUGGUGAAGACGGCCUGUUCUCAUGAAUUGUAAUUCCAUCUCAGGUGCUGGGGCCACCGAACAGUCCUUGGGUCAUUGUCAACCGAGAGGCUCAUACAAAACUUAAUUUUGUUCUUCCUGAAUAUUUCUGUUUUGGAUUUUUGCAGUUGUAUAUUAAUGAAAUGGGCCAUGAAGUGUGUGCAGGUGUGGGUGAGACUGGAGGCCUGCCGAUUUCCCCAGUAGGGAAGACUCCUAGCACUUUCCAGAACUGUGCUUCUAUUUAUUUUUCUACUUUGCAAUUUGAUUAUUCUAGUAAAACCUAAUGAAAAUGGAGUUUUGGUUAAAAAAAAAAAAAAAAAAAAAAAAAAAAGAAGUAGGAAGCAGAAACGCAGUUCAUGAACUUGCUUGUGUGUUUUCCCUGCUGCUGGGGUUGGUGUGUGCGAUCGACACCCGCCACUUCCUGUCACCCUCAUGCUCUUUUUGGAGUUGUCUCCAUUCACGGAUGGUUUCCUGGCUGUGCGGCUGUCCGGAUCACCUGGGUGUGGCGGGCACGUGCACGACUUGUUUGCAUACAUCCCGGACCUCGCCUUGUGCCAGUGGUGUCAGGAGUUUUCUGUCUUUCACUUCAGGAAGCUUCCAGACUGAGAUUGACUUACGGAGGCCCACAGAGAACCAGCCAGGAAAUGAUUGCCUACAUUUAGAUGAGGACCAUCCCUACAGCAUUCACUGCCAGUUACAAUAAGAAACAUCUGAGGCGCGCUCUUCAGUCCCUGCACGUACCAGGAGGUCCGCUGAGUGGUUCCAGGCUUUCAGUUGCAGGUGUCCAGUGCAUAGCUCAUCUGGUGUUGGUUGACUGUCCUUCUCUUUUUGGGCCUGACUGCCUUGGUAGCUGUGUCUAGAGUCUAAGGAAGGGGAGAGCAGUGAGGCCGAAGUUGGCAGUAGUGGAGAAAGGACCUGUCAUUGCGGGUGUCUGGCUGUGUGGGUGGGGCUUGCUCCCUCACUCAAGACUCUUUAGCCAGGAAUAAAGGUCACUGGCAGGUAGUGAAAUGUCAUUUAGCUAGUUGAAGACUCUGAGGACUAUUGUUUGGAUUUGUGGUGAUUCUAAACUUCAGAAGUGUUUAGAAUUUCUGCCAUAUGAAAAUCUAACUUGUAAAAAUUAAACUGAUGAUUUUAAUAAUUCUUAGCAUCAUCAUGUGUUUUAGCCAACCAGGCAGGUGAAAUAUGACCUUCAUGUUCUACAGCUUAAAGAUGGAAUUGCACCUCUUUGGGAGUCCUAGGUGGGCUCCCUGCCAGAGCAUUGUGCCCACCCAUGUGUGGAUGCGUGUAGCUGUGAGGGAGAGAAGCCAGCAGGUGAUUCAGAGGGCAAAACCAGUUACAGGGCAUUUACCCGGCUGUAGGGAUGUGGUUAUGAGCUGGCUGGGUUCCUGAGGCCUGAGAUGGGUCUCUGUGCUGCUCCUGUGUGGGACUUGGGCGCAGGUCAGACUGAGUUGGAGAGAGCUUUCCUAGGAGAGGAGAGGAAUGGUAGGAGUUAGAUGAGGACCGUGACAGCUGGAGCCAUGUGCCCAUGUUCUCCAGUCCUGGAGAGGGACUAGGUGUGUUCCUUGAGGCAGUCAAUGUGGGACUAGGACCAGAGUUGCACUAUGGCUGGGGCAGGAGCUUUAUUGAAUUCGGGAAGGUUCAUGUGAAUGUUUGAGCCACCUGAAUAUAGACGAUUUACCCUGGAGGGCCCUCUUUCACUGGAGAUGGGUUGGCCAUGGCUUUUCACCUUGGUAAGGUUGAGAGUGCUUUCAGGAGUGGGCAGUUCACUGACCCCACUUGGAGCCAUUUCGUGGUUUCCUGGUGAGGUUUCCUGGUUCUGCCUUUUUGCUCAGGAGAGAACCCGCAGCCGAGCCCAUCCCACACUGAGGUGGCUGUGUUCUCAGGCUGCAGAGCCCCGGGAGUUCUGCCGUGCAGGAGUGCCUUCAUGCCCGCACCCUGCGCUCAGGGCUCGCUUCUGGUUAUUGAACCCUUCCCGUGAUCUCUAGACUAAACUGAUCAUCCUCCUUGGGACAAGGAGGUCAUGCGUCUCUGGGGGAAAGUGAGCCAGGGUAAGUGACCCACUCCUGGUCUUCCCCUGGCAUGGGUUGUAAUCCCAGCUGGUCUGCAGGUGGCCAGCGUCAUGGCCCUUAUUUAUUUAUUUAUUUUUGGUACUGGGGAUUGAACCUAGGGGUACAUUACCACUGAGCUGCAUCCCUGGCCCUUUUUAUUUUUUGAGACAGGGUCUAAGUUGCUUAGGGGCUUGCCAAAUGACUGAGGCUGGCCUCCCAACUUGCAGUCUUUUGCCUCAGCCUCCUGGUUGCUGUGAUUACAUGGAGGCUGCCCUGCCUGGCUAGGUCCCAGUUCUUCAUCUGCAGAGGACAUGUUCAGCUUCCCCUUUGCCAGUGUUUUUUUUUUUUUUAAUCUCAACAAAUUUGAGGUUUAGCCUUUUGUAUGAGGCUUCAUAGCUGCCAAACCUGGAUCUGAAAACAGUGUUGGUAACUAACGAAGGUCAUCUUCCUGUUUUAGUGACACUCACUUUACUAAAACUUCUUUUCUCUUGUGUUGUCAAGGCUAGGAUACAGGGUAAGAAAAAACAGCUCUCUCCACCUGAGCGCUUUAUGAAGUCAUGCUUCUAAGUGCUGGGGCACCUGUGUCCCACAUAUCAAGGAACUGUGGAGCCAGCGAGGCUGCUGCCUCCUGGCCCAGUGCAGGAGAGGGGCUCAGUGGACUGCUGGGUGUUGUCUCCAGCCUGCUUGGGGCAGCUGCUGGCCACUAGACUCCCCCCCACACCCCCCACCGCCCCAGCUGUGUGCUGUGAGCAUGGGUGGUGGGUGGCAUCAAUGCUUCUGAGAAUUCAGCUUUGGAGUCCUGGUGAGGGGUUUUAGAUGUAUUUCCAGAAACCCAUCAGUGGGUGUUAUUUAUAUAGCUGUUUAUUUAUAUUCUGCCUUGUUCCAGAAAAGGGUUCACAGCAGCAGUGCCUGUUCUGUGGUGUUCUGUUUUGGUGUUGGUAAUAGUCAAAGUGUCUUAAUAGUCAUCUGUCACUAGCAGUUUCUAACAUUGACUGUUUCUGUCAUCAGGCUUAAGUACCAUAAAUUUAAGUUUUUCUUCUUCUUCUGUCAAUUGAUUCUUUAAAUAAAAAAUUUGUGAAAGAGAAAUUUAUAGCACUCAUGGGCCUGCAUGGAGGAGGGGCCUGCCCAAGAGCUGCUGCGGCCUCUGCUCCACUGCUGUCCUUGUGGCGGCAGGCAGGCCUGGGAGCAGUGGGGCUCCGGUGGUGGAAGGGCGGCGGCGCCUCUCCCAGGCUGCAUGCGCCAUGCCGGAGCCGCCUGCCGCUGUGAGUCGCUGUUGUCAGGACUGCUGUCCCUCUUCCUAGUGGACCUGCCUUUGAGGCAGUGACAGUACUGGGAGAGCUGGUGACUUGGAGGCCCAAGCUUGACCUAGAGCUGUCACAGGGCGACUGGAUUCAUGUGGCCCACAGUGUGGCACUGGGCGGUGAGGCUCUGUGCAGGUGAGAAGGAUGAGGACACAUUUAUUCAACCAACAGGAUUGUCUUUGAUUCUGAAAUCAUGUCCUUUCUCUUAGGAGGAUAAAAUGUCCUUUUAUAAAAUGAGUGGCAGAGGGCAGUGUUUUGACUUUUUAAGAUGUUCUUGGUCAUGGAACAGAGUGUCAGCUGUCCUUCGUCAGCCCAGCUUCCCUGAGCCUGCCCACCUUUAAGCUCGAAACGCAGGGCCUGCCGAGCUGCAGUGAGCACGUGUCUGCACCAGAGUUCUGGGUCUGCAGUUGCCUGCCCAUGGGGACAGAGUGUUGCAGUGUUCCUGCUGCCUGUGCCCAAGGACGAGACCUGAGAUCCCUUUGAACUUGAGGAAGUGCAGACUCCCUGUGCUGAACCUCUGGCCUUCUCAGGGUGGACUGCCCCUUCCGUCAGGCCCUGGGAGACCAGCACCCCUGGAUGCUGGUGAUGGUGCCAAGCGUGGCUCAGUCAACUGCUGGCACCGGGGCUACAGGCUCUAGCUUCUGCCUCCUUUCCUGCCUGCUCACCCACCAGGCCCUCAGCAACCAGUGCUGCUUCCAGGAGUUUAGAUUCUGUGCCAGCACAGGUCGUACUCCUGGAAGUACCUGUUCCCACAGGCCCUCCUUUCUCUCCCUGCUCACUUAGGUCUCACUGCCUCCUCCUGCUCUAAAUCCGACAACCUAGGUGUGCAAUAAAGUAAUUGAUACGCAUGCAUGAAUAGUGGGACUCAGGUCCUGCUGCAGAAUUCCAACCAUUCUAGGCUGUCAAUGGGAGAAGCGAGUGUGGCGGGAGGGACUUCCAUUGCCUUACUGUGUGUUGCUCAGGGUCUUUUCCUUCCUUAAGUUGCUUUGAUUUUGAGGUCUCUGAGAUGUACUAGAUAACCUCAAAAGGGCAUCAGUCUUGUUUGAAUGUGAUGUGUGUGAACACAGCAUUCCACAUACAGGGUGACAUUUUGCAGCUGCAGUUUAGCCAGCAGCACCCUGCUUUGCCCUGUGGUAUCUGCACAGCUCCUACCACCUGUGUUGGUUGUGACAGGCACUGGGGCCUCUGCCUGGGACAUGCUGAGAGAUGCUCCCACCAACCCUGUUUCACUUUCUGCCUUGACGAUGAGCAUGAGUUUAUCUGCAGUGGCUAGAACCAUGGCCGUUUUUGCUUCUGUGCCUAGUUAAAGCUUUCAAAUGUACGAUGAAGGGCUGGGGAUGUGGUCAGUGGUACACUGCUUGCCUGGCAGGCAUGAGGCCCUGGGUUCCAUCCCCAGAUUCCCCCCAAAAAAGUAUGAUGGACGUUUUUGAUAUGUUAUUAUAACUUUAAUAAAUGCUUUUCCCCCUUCUAGUUCCCCCCAAAUGCCUUAAUUUUCUAGACUGCCUCACUGGGUGGAAGCACUGGCCUUGUGAAAUGUUGGUGUGCACGUCUCACGAAGGUGGCUCUGGACAACCUGCCAUGCCUGGGGGUCGGGCUCUGGAAGGUGCGCCAGGGGCCCAGGGAGGCACCCAGAUGUCGUGUACAGGUUUGACCUGCUGACAGCAAGGUGUUCACAGCCCACCGCUUUCCAGCCAGUGAGGCAGUGCAGUGUUGUGUGGGUGGGGGCGAGGGAGACCUGGAGAGAAUGUUGUUGCUGGCCCUUGUUCUCUGAGACCGGUUUUGUCCAUGUGUUGGGGCUCUUGGAGGUGUGGAGAUUUGGGAUGAACUCCAGAGUGAAUUAACUAAAUAAAGAAAGCUGUCUAUUCAUCUUG